UGCAAUUGUGCAUCCGCGGCCUUCAUCCUCCUUCCUUCCUUCCAACAGCAGCAGCAGCAGCCUUAUCAUCGUCUUCACCCCAACCUCUCACCUCUGCUCAGAGUCAGAGAAGCAGCAUGUCAAGGAUGCCGCUUCCUCCUCCUUCUCCUCCUCCCUCCCUCUCCAGCAAGGGCCCUACCCUGCCCUUCUCCCCCAAGAAGUCCCCGCCGAUGCCCGUGUACAAGGACCUCCACUUCAACCGCGACCUCUCUGCCACCAAGAAGUUGCAGGUAGGCGUGGACUUGGUGGCGCGGCUGGUCGGGGUGACCCUGGGGCCCAAGGGGAGGAAUGUGGUGCUCGGCAACAAGUAUGGCCCUCCCAAGAUCGUCAACGAUGGGGAGACGGUCCUCAAGGAGAUCGAAUUGGAGGACCCGUUGGAAAAUCUAGGAGUUAAAUUGGUCAGGCAGGCCGGCGCCAGGACGAAUGAUAUUGCUGGUGAUGGCUGUACCACUUCUAUAAUCCUUGCUCAAGGCCUGAUUGCUGAAGGAAUGAAGGUUCUUGCUGCUGGCAUGAAUCCGGUCCAGAUCGCCCGUGGCAUUGGGAAGACUUCUGAUGCUUUAGUUUCUGAACUUAAGUUGAUGUCACGGGAGAUCGAAGACCAUGAAAUAGUGCACGUGGCCGCAGUUAGCGCUGGAAAUGAUUACACUGUUGGAAACAUGAUUUCGGAUGCUUUCAAAAGAGUGGGCAGGGAAGGCAUGGUUAGAAUUGAAAAUGGAAGAGGCAUUGAAAAUAGUUUAGAGAUUGUCGAAGGAAUGCAAUUUGAACGUGGUUACCUCUCACCUUACUUUGUGACUAAUCAUGCGAGUAUGUCCACGGAGUUCACUGACUGUAAGAUCCUGUUGGUUGACAAGAUAAUUUCUGAUCCACGGGAGCUCUUAAGAGUAUGCUUUAGUGCUGUAAAGGAAGAUUUUCCAUUGUUAAUAAUUGCCGAGGACGUCGAAGAAGAAGCAUUGGCUACUUUGACCAGAAACAAGCUAUCCGGUAUGAUCAAAGUGGCUGCAACUAAGGCCCCUUCUUUUGGAGAACAGAAAACCCAAUGUUUGGAGGACAUUGCAAUCAUAACAGGAGGUACAGUAGUGAGAGAAGACAUGGGAUACACACUAGAAGAAGCAGGGAAAGAGGUUUUAGGUUUUGCUUCUAAAGUGGUAAUAAAAAAUGAUUCAACGCUGAUUGUUACUGAUGGAAGCACCCUCCAUGCAGUUGAGAAAAGGGUUGCUCAGAUGAAAGGCCAAAUUGAGAACUCAAAGGAGAGGUACCAGAAAAAGAUACUGGGUGAGAGGAUUGCAAGGCUAUGUGGUGCGAUUGCAAUCAUUCAGGUCGGUGCUCAAACAGUCAUUGAGCUCAAAGAUAAGAAGCUGAGAAUUGAAGAUGCCCUUAACGCAACCAUGGCAGCUAUUGAGGAAGGUGUUGUAGUUGGUGGUGGAUGUAGCCUAUUGAGAUUAUCCAAGAAGAUUGACAUAAUCAAGGAAUCAUUGGAUAAUGCGGAGCAGAAGAUUGGUGCUGACAUCUUCAAAAAUGCCCUGAGCUACCCUACCACACUAAUAGCAAACAAUGCUGGUAUGAGUGGGAAGUUUGUUGUCGAAAAGGUUAUCGAUCGCGUCAGUAGCUAUUUCGGUUCAGUACUUUCGAAUGACAAUAUAAGUUAUGGCUACAAUGCUGCCAAUGGCUCCUACGAGGACUUGAUGGCUGCUGGAAUAUUAGACCCAACAAAGGUUGUGAGGUGUUGCAUAGAGCAUGCUGCUGUUGUUGCCAAGUCUUUUCUGACCUCAGAUGUGGUGAUCGUUGAGGCACAAGAGAGCAAACCGGUUCGUGUAAGGCCCCCAAUGCCCCCUAGGAACCUGAUUCCCCCAAUACCUGCAUCAGUUUCAGGUAUUCGAGUGUAGCAUGCACAUGCUUGUCCUUGGGAGCCAACACAAAUAUUGUCCUCAGGAAAGCAAAAUGUCUAGGAUGAAUCAUUUUGUGGGCAAAUCUCAAAGAGCACUAGAGGAAAUAUUUACUUUCAAUUAAACAUUCCACUAAGGAGAGGAGUGAUGGUCUGUGAGGCGAGUACACAGAGCUGAAGAAGGUGCUGAUCAGAGCCAUACGGGGACUCCCUCGAGAAAAAUCAUACAGUCACACUUUUUUUUGAAGGGUUGCCUGGUGGCUAUUUAUUGAGUAGAUAGUAGGGGUCACAUCACGGAUUUUUUUUGGAGAACCCGCAGGAGAUCUACGCGCUAUUGUAUUAAGCUUUAGAAGACGGACGAAAGAAUGUCCCAUACAACAUGAUUACAACUCGGAAGGGGAGCCCUUCCAAGCA